GCUAACCUGCAAUUAAGAAAGCCUGAAUUUAUGGAUGCAGAGGAAGUCUUGAAAUUAUACGAUUCUUGCUGGUUUGAGCUCAAAAUCCUGGAGGAAAACUCAAGUUCACGUAUAACAUCAAGUUCAUUAUCAGACCCACAUCACAAAAUGGAUCAAGAAUCAUCAGAACCGAAGCUUUUGCGUAUCAAAACCACGCAUACAAGGUCACUGAGCGAUCAGCUGAGCUCCAUUACAACUUUCAACAAGCAUGACACCUUCUCCCCAAACUCUGUUCUUCAAGCAGAUCUCCAGACCAUCAUCUCAGGAAAACAAGUCACAGACCCACAAGUUAAAGAGACAGCACGAGAAAAUCUUGAAGUGUCGCCUAGUGACCAUAAGGGUACUGCAAGAAGGAGAAGGAAGAAACGGGCAAACAAGAGCUUGUCGGACCUGGAAUUUGAAGAGCUAAAAGGUUUCAUGGAUCUGGGCUUUGUUUUCUCAGAAGAAGAUAAGGACUCCAGCUUGGCUUCCAUUAUUCCUGGGCUGCAAAGGUUAGGGAAGAAAGAUGAGAAAGAAGAUGGCUCUGAUAAUUACUCUGCAAUCCAAAGACCUUACCUUUCUGAAGCGUGGCAAGUUCUGGACAAGCAAAAGAAGCAGAGCUCACUGAUGAAUUGGAGAGUCCCAGCUCUGAACAAGGAAAUUGAUAUGAAAGAUAGCCUCAGAUGGUGGGCACACACUGUUGCUUCCACUUUGAAAUAAAAAACCAAGUCCUUGACGUCUCAAUUCAUUUCCUCCUUCAGUUUGUUGGAAUCCCAUAUAUUCCAGAAACUUGUACUUCAAAUAGGUAUAACAGAAGAAAGAGUAUCUAUAAGUUUAUUCACUUUUGAAAUCUUCUCGCUCAAUUUGUAGGCCUGAGACAACGUGUAAAACAAAACUAGAUGAGAAUUGGCACAUGCUCAGCUUCAUCAAGGUUGGGAAUAAUCAUUCUCAGUUAUAGAGACAAAUUAUUUAUAUUGUUGAAA